GAAGGAGCACGCUGGUGCUCAUGUUUGCCGUUGUACGUCACAACUGAUCAUGACACUUACUGAUUGGCUGAGAGGACGGACAUUGCAUUCGUUUAAAAUUUCCCGCACCGCCCGGUUAAGUUAUGUAUGGUAAUAUUUGAAAAGUCGUUGUUUGUGAAAUAAGGAAAUAAACGGAUUUAACAGGUGUGGUCUCGUUUUUAAGUAAGGCAGCUUAGAAAUGAGCAUCACUGUUUCAAAGGGGAAUGCCCUAGAGGCACUUGGUAAUUCUGUCUUGGAUAACGUGAAAGAAAGAAUGAGAGAUAAGAAGAAUGGAACUUUAAAAAAAGUGAAGUUGAGUAACUCACUGGUAUCCAAAAUAAAAUCAAAAAACCUAAAUAACUCUUCUAUAAUUAAAAUAUCACUGAAACACAACAACAAGGCCCUGGCAUUGGCCUUCAGUGCAGAAAAGGAGAAGAACCGAAAUUUGAUAAAUGAGAAGAUGCUACUCCAAAAAGAAAUACAGACACUGGUUUUUGACCGUUCCCUGGUCCGCCAAAGUGUGAAUCAAUUGAAAGAAGCCCUGCAAGGAAUUUGGACAUUUGUAAAUUCCAAAGUUUCAGACAUUUUGGAUAGCAGCAGUGCAGAUGAUGAGUAUACAGUGCAACCAUCUACUGUAAGAUUCUCAGACCUAAAAAACUGCAGAGCUAAUAAAGGUGGUAAAGGUGACAUGAUUGAUGAUCCCCCGUCAAGAAAAUUUGGGAUGCCCAUGAGAGUUCCAGUCUCAAAAGGAGAAAAUGUAAAGGCUUUUCAGAAUUCUGCAGGUAAUGUUGAUGUUGACCGGUGUUUGAAGGAGCCACCAAAGGAUGGAAUUGUGCUGGAACCAAAAGAACCUGAGGAGCAGCUGCAGCCUCCUAUAAACAGCGUAUCUUUAGAUUUUCUACAACAUAUGGAUCAUACUUACAACAAUGGGAAAUGUAGUCCGAACUCCAUUUCCUCUUGGCAGCAAAUGGAUGAGACUUCAAAAAUGCCGUUUUAUUCUAUGACAUUGCCAGAUAAUGUAACCACCAGGAGAAAGAGAUCAACUCUUACAAAUUCAGGGCGCCUCCUUUUUCCCAUUUCUUUUGAUGAAGAAAAAUGUGAAGUACAGUUCCCUGUUUUGGAGAACACAGCUUUAGGAAAUUUUAGCAAUUCCGUUAGUUGUACCAAAGCUCUUGAUUCCACUUCUACCAGUAUUCCAGAGUCUUCCUCUGAAAAAACAUGUUCAGUGACACUGUCUCCACCUGAUAAGUUACAGACAGAAGAAACUGUGUUUGAUGCAGAAAUGGAGCUGACUGCCAGUGAGGUAGGUGAAAUAAUGACUGUUGCAACAGUCUGCAGGGAACAGAAUGCUGGUAGAAAAAUGGUAAAGCAUAAUGUUUCAGAUGGCAAACAAGAGAAUGGAUGUGAAGGUGGAAAACUAAGAAAAGUGAAGCACCCAGUUUCUUCUAAGAAUCGUUCAAAAAGUGGCACAGACAGUGAUAAUACUAAUACUGUAGGAAAGGACAGGAAGAAAAGGAAGCAUUGCUAUCAAGAUAGUGCCAUCGAUGAGUCUGAAAAUGCUGUGGAGUUCACUCGCGUGCCAGUGGCAUCAAGUGACUUCACUGGUAGCAAUUUUUUUCAUGAGCCAGUGCAGGAAGACCGUAAUCCUGACUUUAGUUAUAGCUGUGCAAAACUCACACCAAAAGAUCUAGCUGUUAGACGUGGUCACCUUAGUUCCACUGACUGCACAUGGCAGCCGAAUAAAGAAAGUGAACAUGCUAACUGUGGUAGUGAUGAAACUUCAGCCAUAUGCUCUAUGGAAAACCAGUGUGAAGUAAGUCCACAUUCACUCCUAAAUUCUGAGGCAAAUGUGGGUGAAAUGGAAGAUGAUUGCUCUCAGGCAGAGUGUAAUAUACUUCCCGCAUUUUUGGAAUCCCCAGAUGAAAGUGGUAGUGGCUUUAAAAUACCAAGAAAAAUAAAGGCAUUUAACAGUAGGAAGACGAUUGUCAUUUCUUGUAGAAAAUCCAUUACUGGCAGUGUGAAUGUUCAGGUACCAGAGUUUCCCUUCGGACCUUCUACACAGACUGUCAACACAGAAAUGCAAACAGAAGGUGAUCGUGGUAAUCUAGACAAUGCUAGCAGUGAAGACCCACUAGCCAUGAGUUGUGCAUAUAAGCGCCGAAAGAAAGAGAAAAUUAAGAAUGCUUUGUGUGAUAAUGUGAUAAGAGAAAAAGCUAAAACAAAUGAACCCCUCAAAGAAGCUAGUCAUAUUUACUCUGGAUCUAAAACUGUAAAAUUUAACAUAUAUACUGAAGAUGCAUGCAUUGGUAAACCUGAGACAAACAAAGAUUUUGACUCUGAACUGCCUCCGAAACCUGUCAGUGCUGGAGUUUCUAGUGAAAAUGACGAUGAACAUGGAUUUACCAGAAUUGACAAAGGUGAUGAGGAAAAGGCAAACCUUUCUGAAUCUUGUACUGUUGAACAUCCAGCUCCCCUGAUCACAGAGGACAGCUCGUCUGAACCUGCUAAGUCACCUCAAGCAAAGAAAAACACUGAAAUUGGGAAACUUGAAGAUAAUUCUGUAGGUGCCACCAGCAAGUCUAAAUGCCCUAAAAGAGGCAAGGUUGGCAAGGAAAAACAUAAACGUGAAACAUUUGUCAUUCCCCCUAUAAAACCUUCCAAGGGUUGUAAUGCUGGACCAGUGGGUUUGGUACAAGAUAAUUCAAUGGAAUUUUCUGAUUUUUUUGCUAAGCCAGCUGCAAGAACUGAAACUGGUGUAAGGGUAUCUCUGGGAAAUGCCAUUAAGCAAAUUGGGUGUACUAGAAAAGGCAAAGAUGAAUCUAAACGUAAAACGUUCAUUCUUUCAUCUGAAAAACUCUCAGAAGGCUAUAGUGCUGAAUGUCCAACACUUGAUUUAUUCCAGGAAAGGUCUGAUCUUGUAGCGAUAGAUUUUUGGGCCUCUCAAACUGAAACUGGCACACUUCAGCCACAUAAUACAAGAGAAACUGGCACACUUCAGCCACAUAAUACAAGAGGCAUGAAGGAAAUGGGGUGCACUACAAGAGGCAAAGGUGCCAAAGAAAUGUCCAAAAGAAAAACAUUUGUCAUUCCUCCUGUAAAACCUUUGCAGGAUUGUACUGUUGAGCAGCUAACCUCCAAAGCAGCGUGUGUACGCUUAGCCGAAUGUUCUGAUCUCUUUCCACAGCCAGAUGUUACCAGUGAAUGUGAUGAACACUGCACAGCUAAAAUCUCUAGUAGCAAUGCUGUCAAGGAGUUUGUUUGCACCAAAAAGGGCAAAGCUGUGAAGCAAAAAUCUAAUUGUAAAGCUUUCACUAUCUCCACUGUGAAACCGUCAGAGGGAUGUAAUUCUGAACAGAAAGCAUCUGAGGCAGACUGGUGUGAUGAACCUCUAGAUUCGGCAGGCCCAAAUAUGGUAACUGAAACUGGUACACUUAAGAUGCUCAGAAAAGCUGCUAAAGAAUUUGGAUGUGUUAAGAAAGGCAGAGAUGCCAAGGAAAAGUCAAAGAGAGAGACCUUUAUUAUCCCUUCUGUAGACCAUUUUAAGGACUCUAGUGUUGAGCAGACAUUGCCCAUGAAGGUAGAAGAGAGCUCAGUGGAAUGGUCUGAUCCAAGUCUGAAAUCAGAACUUGAGACAUUCAAAGUCCCAAGAAACAGAGAGUUUGGGUGUGUCAAAGGCAGAAAGACCCAGGAAAUAUCUAAACGUGAAACAACAGUACGUUUUACAGAAGAUAUAAAAAAUAAGUGCACUGUUGAGCAGACAUCUGAUUUAACACAAGAAAAAUUCAUGGAAACUAUGGAAUUGCAAGCUGUUGGCAUGAAACGGAGUGUUCCAUGGUUACCAGUACACCAAACUGAUCACGAGAUGAUUGACAUGAUCAGCGAUUCUAUAUUACUAAACUGCAGUGCCGAUGCAGUUCUGAACUUGGAAUCGUCGGAUGUGUUAAAAUCAGCAGACCAGCACUUCAGUCCUCAAAAACCUGUUAUUUGCCCACCAGAUGGAGUGCUCUCUUCUUUGUACAACUGUAAUCUUAAAGUGCUACCAACUGAUGCACGUGUUUUGACUGUGACAACGUCCCAGGAUCCAAGUAGCAGAAAUGAAGAACAAGAGAAUGUACAUCAGACAUGUCUGCAGAAUAAACGUAAUGAGCGGUGUCAAAAGAUGAAAACAUCUAAAAACAAAAAUGUUUUAAGGGAUUUAACCAACAAAGAAUUGUCCAAAGCUUCUCCAGAGUCACAAGCCCAAAAGGAUCAAGACAACAGUAGGAGACAGCGACGAGCAGCUAUGGCUGUAAACUAUAAAGAGCCAAGUGGUAGAAGAAAAAUUCGACGUGGAGACGAUGCCAGUUUUAUAAACAACGAUUUUCUAAGUUCGCCAGUAUUCAAGAAGAAGAGCACUAACAAAAUAAAGAGUGAAUGUGAAGAAGGCAUUUCUUCAGUUUCCACUGAGGUUUCUGGACAGUAUUGUUGAACAUUUUUCUGCAUUUUAAACAUCAUCUGAGAAAGGUGCAUUUCUAGCCCGAGGGCAAUCUUGGUACUACAGAGUAGUGAAGUGACCCAGUGUAUAUAUCUUGUCUUGUAAUCUUGACCCAGUGUAUAUAUAUCCCGUCUUGUGGCCUAUUGCAGGCUUAGGCAAACAUUACUACAAUCCGUUAAAUAUUUUGUAUUGUUUGUAAAUGGUUUUAUAUAAUUUAUUUUAGGACAAUGACAACAUUUUUUGGGUAUUAAUCAUACAAAAGCACCUACUAACUUGUUUCUUGGGAAAACAGAGGACCCUUAAAUGGAAAUGUGAGGUCCAGGAGCAAGGCAUCUACAUUCCUUGGUUUUAAAAGAACUCAGCAACGCGCAGAAUUUUUGGAGAUGAAUUACAACACAUUAGCCUUGUGGUUUAUAAUGCCAACUGAAUUCUCCAGCAGCACUCUAGUUUUAUCUGUCAACAUUUGUGCAGGAUGAACAAUCUCAGAUUUGUAUAAACAAAUAUUCAAGGCUUUAUUUUAAACUUAUAUUUACUGUAGAUGGUUGUAAUGUUCCUGAAUGCACUCAUGAAUACAUUUAUUUGUAGUUGUGGCAUCUCUGUUUUCUAGUUAGUGUUUGCACUGCAGUUGUUUGUGUGUUUAGCAUGGAGUGAGUGUUACAACUUUCCUUGUUUCCUUUGUGUUAAUAUAAUGCUGACCACAAACUAACUGAAAUCUAAAAAUAAAGGUUACUUAUUUUUA